CAAUGAAGGCUGCUCUGUUCUUUGUUGCUGCACUUGUCUCAGUUGCGGUGGUCCACGGACAACUAGAAGAGUCGACCACCGUCACUAUCCAGAAUGAGGAGCCACCGUCCGCCACCAUCCCGGCUGUGAGAACAUUGGUGGCUGCGUCGUACGCGGAAGAAGAUGACGAUACCAUUUGUGUCCAGGCAGACAACAAGUUCUACUUGUAUGCUAAUUCACUGAAGCUGUAUUCUUGCUACCACCUGCUACCGAAGGUUUAUGUGGUGAAACCCAAGAGUCUAUGUAAACCAGUCCUGUCAGACUGUCCCAAGAAUUAG